AGCUCCAGGACUGGGGCGACUGAGCCCCUCGCGGCGCCCUUCUCAUCCCAGCCCAUGCUUGUGGCGCCCUGAGCCCCCCGGGCCGGGCUGACGACGAAAACCGAGACGGCGCCCAGGCCCCCUGCCGCGGCGUCCCCGCGGCCCCAGCCCAGGGAGAAGAUGAGCGUGGGCUGCCCAGAGCCCGAGCCGCCCCACUCCCUGCCCUGCUGUGGGCCAGGGACCGCCCCUGGGCUGGGUGCAGGCGUGCCCCUCCUCACUGAAGACAUGCAAGCGCUGACCCUCCGCACCCUGGCCGCAAGCGAUGUCACCAAGCACUACGAACUCGUCCGGGAGCUGGGCAAGGGCACCUAUGGGAAGGUUGACCUGGUAGCCUACAAGGGCACAGGCACAAAGAUGGCACUGAAGUUUGUGAACAAGAGCAAAACUAAGCUGAAGAACUUCCUGCGGGAGGUGAGCAUCACCAACAGCCUCUCCUCCAGCCCCUUCAUUAUCAAGGUCUUCGACGUAGUGUUUGAGACCGAGGACUGCUACGUCUUUGCUCAGGAGUACGCGCCUGCUGGGGACCUGUUUGACAUCAUUCCUCCUCAGGUGGGGCUCCCCGAGGACACGGUGAAGCGCUGCGUGCAGCAGCUGGGCCUGGCGCUGGACUUCAUGCACGGCCGGCAGCUGGUGCAUCGCGACAUCAAGCCCGAGAACGUGCUGCUGUUCGACCGCGAGUGCCGCCGCGUGAAGCUGGCCGACUUCGGCAUGACGCGCCGCGUGGGCUGCCGCGUGAAGCGGGUCAGCGGCACCAUCCCGUACACGGCGCCCGAGGUGUGCCAGGCGGGCCGCGCCGACGGCUUCGCGGUGGACACGGGCGUGGACGUGUGGGCCUUUGGCGUGCUCAUCUUCUGCGUGCUCACCGGCAACUUCCCGUGGGAGGCGGCCUCGGGCGCCGACGCCUUCUUCGAGGAGUUCGUGCGCUGGCAGCGGGGCCGCCUGCCGGGGCUGCCGUCGCAGUGGCGCCGCUUCACGGAGCCGGCGCUGCGAAUGUUCCAGCGGCUACUGGCCCUGGAACCCGAGCGCCGCGGGCCGGCCAAGGAGGUCUUCCGCUUCCUCAAGCACGAGCUCACGUCCGAGCUGCGGCGCCGGCCCUCGCACCGCGCACGCAAACCCGCCGGGGACCGCCCGCCGGCCGCGGGGCCGCUGCGCCUCGAGGCGCCCGGGCCGCUCAAGCGGACGGUGCUGACCGAGACCGGCAGCGGCUCCCGGCCCGAGGCCCCCGCCGUCGGGCCCGGGCCCGCGCCCUCGCCCUCGCCCGCGCCCGUCCCCGUGCCGGUCCCCGUUCCCGAGCCCGGCCUGGCUCCCCCGGGGCCCCCCGGCAGGACCGACGGCCGCCCGGACAAGAGCAAAGGGCAGGUGGUGCUGGCCACGGCCAUCGAGAUCUGCGUCUGA